AUGACGACUCGCGUUGAAAAAGUGAAAAUUCUGGGUGCAGAAACCAUCCAUGUCGGGUACCAAAUGAGAGAACAUGUGUGUGAGGAGAUCGUUGCAAACAAAGCCUCCUCUACAUAUGUGCUCAUCACCGACUCCAAUAUCGUCAAUGCCGGCCAUCUCGAUGCUUACAAGUCUAGCAUGCUGGGGGCCAUAAAUAGAUUGAGACCUGAAGCGCGGCUGCUGACUUAUGUGGUGUCGCCUGGCGAAUCCAACAAAAAUCGUGCCACCAAAGCCGCGAUCGAAGACUACCUGCUUUCUCAAGGAUGCACCAGAGACACCUUCAUUAUUGCUAUUGGUGGAGGAGUUAUUGGCGACAUGAUUGGAUUUGUGGCGGCAACUUUCAUGAGGGGCGUUCGGUUUGCCCAAGUGCCAACCACACUUCUCUCCAUGGUGGACUCCUCGAUUGGAGGAAAGACUGCCGUGGAUACUCCGCUGGGCAAGAACUUCAUUGGCUCUUUCUGGCAGCCAGAUUACGUUUUUGCAGACAUCUCUUUCUUGGAGACGCUACCGGAGCGCGAGUUCAUCAACGGUAUGGCUGAGGUGAUCAAGACUGCUGCUAUUUGGGACGAGGCCGAAUUCGCAAGACUGGAGAAGCACACAGAAGUUUUCUUAGAGGUUGUGAAAAAUAGAAAGCCAGAUAACACGGUGGACCUCACUCCUAUUCUAGACCACAUUUUCAAGCUUGUUUUGGGAUCAAUCAAAGUCAAGGCAGAGGUUGUCUCGCUAGAUGAGAGAGAGGGCGGUUUGCGGAAUCUUUUGAAUUUCGGCCACUCCAUCGGACACGCAUACGAGGCCAUCCUGACACCACAAGCUCUCCAUGGAGAGUGUGUCGCGAUCGGGGCUGUGAAGGAAGCCGAAUUAAGCAGAUACCUUGGUAUUUUACCUCCUGUUGGCGUUUCUCGACUCGCCAAAUGUUUUGCAGGCUAUGGGCUUCCAAUAUCUCUGGACGACAAAGUUUUGCAGAGCAGAAUUAAUGGCAAGAAGUGUCCCGUGGAAGUUUUGCUCAAAAAGAUGUCUGUGGAUAAGAAGAACGAUGGCUCCAAAAAGAAGGUGGUUUUGCUUAAAAGUAUUGGCGAAUGCUACGAGCCAAAAGCCUCUUAUGUCAAUGACGAGGACCUGAGAGUGGUUUUAACUGACGAAAUCCUAGUGAAGCCAUUUAAAAAUGUGCACCAGGACGUGGUGGUCACUCCGCCAGGCUCAAAAUCUAUUUCCAACAGAGCUCUGGUCAUGGCUGCUCUGGGUAAAGGUGUCUGCAAGAUUAAAAACCUGCUACAUUCGGAUGAUACCGCCCACAUGCUGACGGCAAUGACGGCACUAAAAGCGGCCACUGUGUCAUGGGAGGACAAGGGCGAAACGCUGGUUUUGAACGGGAACGGCGGCCAACUCGUGGCGUGCGACGAGGAGAUUUACCUAGGAAAUGCCGGUACCGCAUCGCGAUUCCUCACGUCUGUUGCCUCGCUCGUAGGCGUGAACGGUGACCUGGAUCACGUGGUUCUCACGGGAAACAAAUGGAUGCAGAAACGGCCUAUUGGUCCUUUGGUGGACGCUCUUCGGGAAAAUGGUUCGAGCAUUGAGUAUCAGAACAAUGAGGGCUCGUUACCGCUCAAGAUUCGAUGCGGAAAAGGGCUCAAGGGUGGCAGAAUUGAGCUGGAGGCCACGAUCUCAUCGCAGUACGUCUCGUCAAUUUUGAUCUGUGCUCCAUACGCUGACGAGCCGGUUACGCUGGCCCUAGUUGGUGGCAAGCCGAUUUCCCAGCUCUACAUCGACAUGACCAUCAGAAUGAUGAGCGCGUUCGGAAUCCACGUGACUAAGUCGACUACGGAAGAGCACACGUAUCACAUCCCGAAAGGCAGCUAUGUGAAUCCAUCCGAGUACGUUAUCGAGAGCGAUGCCUCAUCUGCUACUUACCCCCUGGCGUUUGCUGCCAUGAACGGCACAAAGUGCACUAUUCCCAACAUUGGUUCGGCCUCGUUGCAGGGCGAUUCUCGGUUUGCUGUCGAGGUGCUCAAACCUAUGGGCUGUAUCGUGACGCAGACAGAGACGUCUACGACUGUGCAAGGUCCUCCGGUGGGCCAGUUAAAGCCUCUACCGCUGGUUGACAUGGAGCCUAUGACAGACGCGUUUCUGACGGCGUCUGUGGUUGCUGCCAUUGCGAACGACCAGACUCAGACGACCUCGAUUGUGGGGAUUGCAAACCAGCGUGUCAAGGAGUGCAACAGAAUUGCAGCCAUGAGGAUCCAGCUGGCCAAGUUUGGUGUCAAGGCCGAAGAGUUGGAGGACGGUAUCAAGAUUUAUGGAAUCAACUACAAAGACCUCAAGACUCCUGAGAGGCCGGGAAUUUAUCCCUACGACGAUCACAGAGUGGCUAUGAGUUUUUCGCUGCUUGCUGGUUUCUGCAAAGAUCCAGUGAUCAUCCAGGAGAGAAGGUGCACUGCCAAGACGUGGCCCGGCUGGUGGGACGUUCUGCACACCCAGUUUGGAGCCCAGCUGGACGGCUACGAGCCGGAGCACACGAAAUCCGUUGUUGCACAGGGUAACGGCGACAGAAGCAUUGUUGUAGUUGGCAUGAGAGCUGCUGGCAAGACGUCGAUGUCCAAUGUGAUUGCGCAGCGGAUCGGCUUCAAGUACGUCGAUCUCGAUGACGAGUUCGAGAAGAUUGUUGGAAAAACCGUCAAGCAGUACGUGCAAGAGACCAGCUGGGAGGAGUUCAGACGGAAGGAGCUGGAGCUUACCAGAAAAUACCUGACGGAGCACGGUAGUGGUCACGUGAUCGCUACUGGCGGAGGCAUUGUGGAGACGCCAGAGGCCAGAGAGUUGCUCAAGGGCUAUGCCAAGACAGGCAUUGUUUUGCAUUUGCAAAGAGACAUUGGCGAAACCAUCUCUUUCCUUUCGGAAAAAGAUACCUCAAGACCAGCGUACCAGGAAGAAAUCCAGUCUGUGUGGCUGAGAAGACGCGGGUGGUACGACGAAUGCUCGAAUUACCACUUUUUCUCGCCUCAUUGCGGCUCUCCGCAGGAGUUUGACACUUUGAAGCGGUCGAUGGCGCUCUUCAUCGAGGAGAUCACCGGAAUCAAGUCCGUUGAGGUGCCGCAGAAAACUUCUUUCUUUGUGUGUCUUACGUAUCCAGACCUGAAGGAGGCUCUUGCGGAUCUUGAAGACAUUACCACCGGCUGUGACGCGGUGGAACUGCGUGUCGAUCUACUCAAAUCCUACGACGUCACAGAUGUUUCAGAGCAGGUUGGACUUUUGAGAAAUCACACUAGUUUGCCAAUCGUGUUCACUGUGAGAAGCGUUUCGCAAGGAGGAAAGUUCCCAGACGGUGACUACGACAAAGUGCAGGAGCUGUGCGAGUUGGCGUUCAAAUUAGGCGUCGGUUUCUUGGACCUCGAGCUGUCGCUUCCGGAGGGCCUAUUGGAUACCCUGUGCUCCAAAAGACGGUUCACUAAAAUCAUUGGGUCUCAUCACGACUUUGCCGGUGCAUUCAAAUGGGACUCUGCCGAAUGGGAGAGCAAGUACCUACUGGCAACACGUCUGAACGUCGACGUGGUGAAAUUUGUUGGAAUGGCCAAGGAGUAUAAGGACAAUUAUCUUUUGGAGCAAUUCAGAGAGUCUCACACAGAAAGACCUCUCAUUGCAAUCAACAUGGGCCAAUACGGACAAUACUCGCGUGUGGUGAAUCCUGUGCUUACUCCUGUGACUCACGAGCGUCUGCCAAAUGCCUCGGCUCCAGGCCAGUUGAGCAUCAAGCAGAUCUUCCAGGCACGGUCGCUGAUUGGACUGGAGACCCCAAAACACUUUUGUAUAGUCGGUGAGCCAAUUGGACACUCAAGGUCACCGGCCUUGCACCAAGCAGCCUACGAAGUGUUUGGCUUACCGCAUACAUUUGGAAAAUUCGAAACUUCCGACGCCCAGCUGGUCAAGGAAAAAGUGCUGUCUGACCCCAACUUUGGUGGCUGUGCCAUCACCAUUCCACUAAAGGUCGACAUGAUGAAGUACGCCGACGAGCUUUCUGAGUCUGCCAAGACCAUUGGUGCCAUCAACACUCUGAUUCCUCUUGGAAACGGAAAAUUCAGGGGAGAUAACACCGACUGGCUAGGAAUCACGCAGUCGUUCACCAACAAUGGCUGCACCUCCAAAAUUACCGGCAACGGCCUGGUGAUCGGUGCCGGUGGAACUUCACGUGCUGCUGUAUUUGCUUUGCAUCAGAUGGGUUGCCAGAAAAUAUACGUUUUGAACAGAACGGCUUCCAAGAUUGCAGAUAUUAAGGCCCAUUUCCCGGAGUCGUACAAUAUCGAGAUUCUCGAUUCUCUCGAGUCCGUGAAAAAAAUCGACCAGAUUUUGCUUGUCGUGUCCACUAUUCCAGGCUACAACGAGAUCGAGCUGGCUUUCCAGGAAAAGAUCGAGACUGCCCUAUCGAAAGGUGGCAGCCCCAAAAUGCUUUUGGAAGCCGCUUACAAGCCUCUCGAGACCCCGAUCAUGAAGCUGGCUAGCACGAAGUACGGAUGGAAAGUCAUUCCCGGUAGAGAAAUGCUAGUCAACCAGGGCAUCCACCAGUUUGCUCGUUUCAACGGACUAAAACCGCCGUUCGAACCAGUCUAUGAGGCUGUGAUUAGAUAA